AUGGCGACGAUUGAAAGCCCCUUACCACCCCACAGUGACUUUCAAUCGGCCUUUGAGGAACCCCCUCCGAGUCUCGGAGACAAGAUUCUUGAACGCUUAGAGCGCAGCAAGUUUGACACGAAACAGGAGUUCCUGCCGGAAGGAUGUCUUGACAAGCUCAUCAACCCCCAAGCCCUGAAACAAGAACUCUUUUAUGAGAAAGACAUUCUUGAUCCGAAAGACGAAAGUCUGCUCAAUUUUAUCAAUAAGAAUGCGAAAAAGGUCUUCGCGACGGCCUAUUGCGCUUUGGGCGGUAGCGAAAGUACGCUCGUUGCGACUAUGGCGUACUUUCAGUCUCUUGAAUUCUCAGACAAGUGCCUGCCGAUUAAAGAUCUUCGGACGGAUCAAACGAUGAGAAAUGCUCCAGCACAGCUCCCAUUCCCUUUCAAUCAACUCCGACCUCGGAUCAUAAGCAGGACAUGGGCUCCAAUGCGAGUUCGCAACUUUUAUCAACACCAGUGGAAGUUUUUGGCGCCCAUAUUCACCAGAGAUCAUUUCCAUCACAUCUUGCCUGUUGACGUUGUUCUCCCGUUCGUUUGGGUCAACAACGUCGUCAAAGGAGGCAGAUUCAGCAGCGUUUACGAGGUAGAAGUUCACAGAAGCCAUCUAGAAAGGCUGGACGCUAGGGCCGAUGGGACUUCAGCUCGCGUUGCUGUCAAAGAGAUUCUUACGACUGACAAUGACGAGGAUCUGCGUCAAGAGAUAGAGAUGAAUUUUCAUCUCGAGGCGAAUGCGUUAUCUGACAUUGCGAGCCUUCAGCACGAUCAUAUUAUUGAAAGAAUUGCUGCAAUUUCGCUCGACGCAAGACACUACUUCAUGUUUCAAUGGGCUGAUGGGGGAAACUUGAGAGAGUUCUGGAAAGAAAACCCUCGACCCGAUAUCACCCCUGCGAUAGUCCGACAAUCUAUCAGCGAGCUGCGUGGCCUCGCGGAUGCAUUGACAGCACUUCACCAUUUCAAGGGCGAGGGUAAUUACCGUCAUGGCGAUUUGAAGCCAGAAAAUGUCCUCAGAUUCAAAGACGGAACAUUUGUUGGACGUUUGAAGAUUGCCGAUAUGGGUCUCGCAAAGCGCCAUACAGAAGUAACGGACGUUCGGAGGGCCCCAACCGACACGAAGUAUGGGACUACUCGAUACGAACCUCCCGAAACGGUCACAAGCCCACUGGAAGCCAGGUCUCGCCUUUACGAUGUAUGGUCACUGGGCUGUAUCAUUCUGGAAUACAUUAUCUGGCUUCUCUAUGGUUGCAAGGAGCUAGAGGCAUUCAUCGACGGCCUUCUGGCCGACACAGGGUCUUUCUAUUUUAUCCAAAGAGGGGAAAAUAGGACCAAAGCUGAAGUUCAUCCAAUGGUACUUGCUUGGAUGGAUUAUAUCAGCAACGACUUGGAAUGUUCUGCUAGGACAGCAAUCCAAGAUCUUCUUGCGCUUGUGAGGGAAAAGCUUUUGGUUGUUUCUCUCCAAGGCGACAAAGACACAAGGGUCGCUAUCGAUACAAGUUUUGUUAGUGUCACAGCAGAUUUCCCCAACCCGACUCCGGUCGGGCCACUCAGGGCCCGCGCUGCGGCUGUAGUCUCGUUAUUGCAGGAGAUUAUGAACCGAGGAGUUGGUCACGACGACUAUUUUCUUGCCAAAAGAAACAACUUGGGAGUUCGAUUUCCCUCAGUAGGAAUUGGUAGAAAACUCAACCACACUUGGGACUUUUACGUCGACAACACACUUGCGGAACACAUCAUUCGAUACUGUGGUAAUCAUGAUCUGGAUCUUAGUCUCGCUCGAAUACGAGACUUAUGCCGCAGGUGUGAAAGACUGGACAUUCUGUCGUCAGAUUUCAGCUUAUCCGACACAAUAUCCCAUCUGAGACGAGAUGCACAGGUUUGCGGGUUUUGCAGACUCUUGUUAAAAGCAUCUGAAAAGGCAGGUGCCUCUGAACACAUGAGGCUUUAUAGGAUUGGAUCUAUCCUCAAGAUUGAUGAUGUCCCGACGCCGCUUCUCAGCUUAGUGCGCAAUCCUGGAGGUGUCUCAGGAAGGUCGAGCAAAAUUCAAGUUGGAUAUCCUCAUAUUUUCCCUUCUCGCCACGAGGUACAUUUCGAAAUAAUCAGACAAUGGAUUGACGACUGCGACAUUAGUCCAGCACAUGAGAAUUGUCGAUCGACCGAGACAUAUUAUCUGCCUGAUAAAUUACUUGACGUCCAAGACUUCAAAGUACGCCUUGUUGAAACGAAGGACUUGCAAGAUAAAUAUUUUGCACUUUCACAUCCAUGGGGAGACCCAGAAGAGCAUUCACAUUUCUGCACUAAUACCAGCAACAUUGCACAGCACAUGGAGGGAAUCGACUACGACAAACUUCCAAAUACGUUCAGAGACGCCAUUUACACCACACGAAAGCUUGGCGUUCGGUAUCUUUGGAUAGAUUCGCUAUGUAUCGUCCAAGGUCCCGAUGGUGAUUUCCAUAAGCAGUCCAAAAGCAUGCAUGAGAUCUUCAGCUCGGCGUACUGUGUUCUUGCUGCGAGCCGGGCGACUGGUCAAUGUGACGGCUUCCUGGGGAAGAGACUCGAACGAGAUUACAUUACGUUCAACCGCGGUGAAGACAUGUAUCACAUAUGCGAGGAAAUCGAUAAUUUUCAAGCCGACGUCAUUGAUGGCUCGCUCAAUCGAAGAGGUUGGGUAUUGCAAGAGCGGGUUCUGGCGCGGCGAACGAUUUACUUCACCGAAACGCAGACGUACUGGGAAUGCGGUGCUGGCGUUCGAUGCGAGACGUUUACUAAGUUGAAGAGCGAUGUUGCGUCGUUUCUCGGAGAUCCGAAGUUUCCUAGAGCUUCUAAAAGCUUUUCCCGAGGAGAAAUUAUCUAUCACACUCAGGCGCUUUACAAGCAAUACUCAAGCUUACAGCUUUCUAGGAUCCAAGACAGACCGUUUGCGAUCGCAGGUCUUGAGAAGAUACUUAUGCGAUUCUUUUGUACACAAGGGGGAUAUGGUGUGUUCGAUGACGGAAAGGGCCUUCUUUUCCGAAGUCUUCUCUGGCAUCGACCAGAUCGCGGAACGCUCAACAAGAUUCGGUUUCAGUCUGAUCGACAGAUUUUUGUCCCGACUUGGUCGUGGAUGGCGUAUGAAGGAGUAAUCGACUAUUUGCAGCCCACAUGGGGCGGCGUUGACUGGGAGGUGAAUGACAUUCGUUCUCCGUGGAUGAUGGCCGUCCCCACCGCGACGAGGAACAGCAGCAACAGCAGCAGCCGAGGUGGCAGCAGUAUCAUUUCCAUUAAUGCCAUCGCGCGAGAUUUUGAUACAUAUCAAGCUGGCGACGACCUUUUUUUCGACAUUCCUUCUCAAUACAACAGUCAAACACCAGGUUUAAAGUGCGUGAUCUUGGCACGCCCUAAGCCUGGUUCCACAGCAACCGACCUAAGAUGCUACGUCCUUCUUGUUGCGCCACAGGUUAAUAAGACGUCCGGAAGCUUGACAGUCUUUGAGAGAGUGGGCGUCGGCAGAAUGCCUGAAAGUUGUGUCUCGCAGUUGGACAAAAUUGAAGUCAAGCUCCAGUAG